ACCAACCUGCAGCUUCCUCCCUCUUUCUAAUUUGCUGAUCUGAAGCCAUGAAUAAGUUGCGUAAUAAUCCCUUUUUCUCUUCUCUCUUUCUUUGUCUUCUUUACCUUCCUAUCUUGGUCUCUGCAGACUGUACUUGCGAAAAUGAGCUGCCACACAAUAGCAGCAACAAAACCAAGGCUUUGAAAUACAAACUUGUUGCAAUUUCAUCCAUCUUGAUUGCCGGUGCUCUAGGUGUUUCUCUCCCAAUAUUGGGUAAGAAACACCCAACUUUUCGAACCGAAAACAAUAUGUUCUUCCUCAUUAAAGCAUUCGCAGGUGGAGUGAUUCUUGCGACUGGCUUUGUUCACAUACUCCCAGAUGCAUAUGAAUCUUUAUCUAGCCCUUGCCUUAGUGAAAAGCCUUGGGGGGUUUUCCCUUUCACGGGGUUUUUGGCUAUGGUUUCUGCUAUAGUGACAAUGAUGAUCGAUGCAUUUGCGACAAGUUUCUAUAAGAGGUCCCAUUUCAACAAAGCUCUGCCGGUGAAUGGUGAUGAGGAGAUGGGAGGUGAGCAUGAGGGACAUGUUCAUGUUCAUACACAUGCCACUCAUGGACAUGCUCAUGGAUCUGCCUUGGUAUCAGAGGAUUCUAGAUCAUCUCAUCAAUAUCAUGUAAUUAGACAUCGUAUUAUUUCGCAGGUGUUGGAGGUGGGGAUUGUAGUUCAUUCUGUAAUAAUCGGGAUGGCAUUGGGUGCUUCACAAAGUGCAAACACAAUCAAGCCUCUUGUAGCAGCUUUGACUUUCCAUCAAUUCUUUGAAGGCAUGGGUCUUGGUGGCUGCAUCUGUCAGGCAAAAUUCAAGAGCCGGGCCAUUGCAAUCAUGCUACUUUUCUUCUCCCUCACCACCCCAACGGGAAUUGCAUUAGGCAUGGGUAUAUCAAAGAUUUACAAUGAGAAUAGCCCAAAAGCUCUAGUGGUGGAAGGAAUCCUCAACUCCCUUUCGGCAGGAAUUUUAAUUUACAUGUCUCUUGUUGACCUCCUUGCGGCAGAUUUCAUGAACCCUAGAAUGCAAAGCAAUAUAAAAUUGCAGCUUGGCUCUAAUCUUUCACUUCUUCUGGGCGUAGCUUCUAUGUCACUCUUAGCCAAAUGGUCCUGAAUUCGUACUCCUGGUCAAUGUGAUUCAGUAAGGCCUCUAUUACCAGAUGAUGUGACUCUAGUGCUAGUCAGUCAAUGUCGAUUAUAGAUAUUUUGGACAUUUGAGUCUCAAUGGAGGAACAAACGCCAUUGUCAGUGCUAUGCUAAUAGUAAUGCUUUUGACUUGUUCCUCAUAAUUAAAGCUUUUGCACGACUUGGUAUCCGAGGAAUGAAUAAAGGAUUUUAAAAAAAUUCCAUUAUGGCGUCCAAAAAGAAUGGUUCAAAUUAAAUGGCAUUAUUCUCUAUCUUUGUUAUGAUCUGUAACAUCAACAAAUGUAGAACCCUAUAACAAAGGAGAAUGGAGGAAGGUUUGGGUCCAAUUUCAACCUUGUGUUUUUUUAACGCUAAGUGGUUAAGCGGCCGAAGAUAAUCACUAGACAUAUUAUUACUUUA